AUGGCCAACAAAAACAAUGAUCAAGACAUGUUCUCAUACUUGACAGACUCACUCAUUCUCAUAAUCAUCUCCUUCUUGCCCUUCAAAGAAGCGGCAAGAACAUCAACCUUGUCCAAGCGAUGGCAAUUCCUCUGGCACGAGACCAAGAACAUAGAACUCGACGAAACUCUCUUUGUAAAACCACAAAAUCAUCAACCCAAUGAAGAAACUAUAGGGAAUCAGAGAAGGGGUUUCAUCGAUUUCUCAACACAGUUCAUUCAAGGUUUUCGCCCAGUGAGUGUGGAUAAGUUUCGCUUCUCAUUUUCACAACCCGAGAACUAUGUUGAGGCCAUGCAAAAUUUUGUUCAAUUCGCCAUUGGUCAUAAUGCAAAAGUUCUUGAACUUGACUUCUCGGAACCAACAUGGGAUCAACAAGAUUUUGAUCUUGAUCUUGAUAAUAACCAUGCUGAUUUGUUUGAAUUGCCUCCAUGUGUUUAUGAACACAAAGAGCCAUUCAAAUCUUUGAAGUUGUUUGCAUGCAAAUUUAGGGUUUCCCAGUUCAUCAACUUCAGUGCUCUAACGAGUCUUUCUCUAGCGUGGAUUCAACUGUCAACUACUUCUUUUAACGCAUUGUUAUCAAACUGUCGAUUACUAGAGAGUUUGAGUUUGAAGAAGUGUUGGAAUUUGGAGAACCUUAAUAUUUCUGCAGCAAGGCUUAGGACUUUGGUGAUUGAUAAGUGCUGGAGUCUUGAAAAUGGGAUCGGCAUUGAGACUCCAAAGUUGUUCUUCUUCAAGUAUUCUGGGCCAAUGAAUGGUUUUAUGAUAGAUUACUUGAAUGCCUUGGGGGAGGCUGAUCUAGACUUUGGGUUCGAGGCUGAGUUCGGUGAAUAUGGUGAUAUUCUUUAUGAUCUACUCAGAGAUAUUGGUUGCAUUAGGGUUUUGACUGUUUGCAGUUACAUGCUUCAGAUAAUAUCAACAGCAGAGGAAUACCCAAUGUUAAAACCUCCUCUUUACAAAAUGAGGCAUUUGAUAAUGAAGACGGCGCUGCACAUUAAUGAAUACCAUGGAAUAUCUUUCUUCCUCUUCAGUUGCCCUCGCUUGCAGACCCUCACCAUCCAUAUCUCCUCUUCAACCACCAUUUUUCCAGAGAGGGAAGCUACACUUUCUCUUGCGGAACAUGAGUUCCUGAGUAACGGAUAUAUCAUGGUGUAUAAGUGCCUUAAAAGAACUCUGAAGGUGGUGAAUGUGACAGGCUUCAAAGGGCAUCUGAAUGAAAUGUUGGCGAUCCAGUAUUUUAUCAAGUAUGGGUAUGCAUUGGAGACAUUGUACAUCAAUCUCUCGAAUAAGAAGAGUCCUGAUGGCAUUGACAUGGAGGCAUCGUACCGUGCAAAUGCUGAGUUUCUGUUGCAGAUUCACAGAGCCUCAAAUGCUCUUAAUAUAUUUAUCAAUUGA